AUGAAGACGAUAGUAGUAGUGCUGUGCGUGGUUGCUGCGGUGGUCGCCAAGCCCUCGAUAGUGAGGACUAAGGAGGAAAUAGAAGCUUUCAGAAACUUCUUGGAAAGCACAAAAACUAGCGAUGGACAACAAUUCAACGCUCGUACCAAAAUGUUCCCUAAUGCGAAUCCCGAGGAGAACAGCGGGAAAUAUCAAGGAGAUAUCAUCCUAGAUGAUUAUAUGAUUGAAACAAUGUUGAGAGAAUAUGCCGCAGGUCGCAACGCGUUCAUCCUACCCAACACUAAGUGGCCCAACAACACAGUAGUAUGGGAAUUCGGAGAAGAUGAAUUCGGACCCUUGCAGCAAGAAGCUAUUUUGGAUGCUAUUGCUCACAUCGAGAACAUGACUUGUGUCAAGUUUCGUUACCGUGAACCUGAAGAUAUUGCCUACGUAAGACUUACGGGUAUGCCUGCUGGUUGCUAUGCUCAUGUGGGCUACUCAGAGACUCGUCCAGUACGCACCAUGAACCUUGCACGUAAUUACCCAGGCGUGGGAUGUUUCCGCCACGCUACUAUCGUCCACGAAUGGAUGCACAUCCUGGGCUUUUUACACAUGCACUCUACAUACAAUCGCGAUGACUACGUCAAAAUCGUUGAAGAAAAUGUUAUGAGCGGAACUGAACAUAAUUUUGAUAUCUUUGGUCCUGAAUUAGUCAGCAACCAUGGUGUUGAAUACGAUUAUGUAAGUUGUUUGCACUACGGCCCCUAUGCAUUCACUUCUAACGGCGAACCUACAAUUAUUGCACUAAAAGAACACGAAGGGCAAAUGGGUCAGCGAGAGUUCAUAACAGAUAAGGACUGGCUAAGAAUCAACAGGCAUUAUGACUGCCCCGGUGCAUGGGAU